UGAGCUUGUCUCUGAUGCCAGCUGGUCUCCUGGAGAUCCAAGGAAACGAGAAAGGAGAAGAGCAAAGGCACAACGGCAGGUCAACUUGAGACGCUUUAGCCUGACUGGCUUCCGUUCUCUCAUGGGGCGCCCACCUUCCAGCCCGCGCUGCGUUUCCCCUCAUUCGGCCUGUGCCUGAUCCAAGAUGUUCUCCAGAAGGAAGCCCCCCAGCCCCCAGCUGGUUUGCCCCAAUGUGCUUACACCGGACAGGAUCCCAACCUUUUUCAUCCCACCCAAUCUGGCCGCCCUCCAGGACCGCCGCUCAUGCAGGAGCGAGAGCCCCGAAGCCUCUGAGGCUCCGGCCCACUCUGCCGAGGAGCACAUCGUCCAAGCGGAGAACUCAGACCAGAGGGAAGGCCAGGUUUUCGGGCGGCUCUACAGCGCCUCCUCCAUGCCUCAGCUCUCUGGCCCAAUGGGUAUGGCCAUCCUGCCUGAGAGCCCACACACACGCCGCCGGGAGUCUCUCUUCCACGGCAGGUGCCUGCCACGGCGAUUCCACGGUGCCAGGUUCUCCUCCCCUCCAACUAAGCCUCCUGUGCGUCCCGGUUUAGUGUUGGACAGCGACACGGCUUCCUCCACCGAUACGUCCCCGUACAGCUCUCCCCUGCUGAUGCGCUCUCUAGGCUGCCCUCUGUCGUGCCAAGCCUACGGGCAUCGCCGGAGAUUCCCCUGCCGCUCCGCAAACCUCAGCGCAGCACCUCGCCCCAGCUCCCUGUCAACGGCGGAGACCAGUUCCACGGACACGAGCCCCAGCUUUCCGCGCCGGGAGAAGGAGCCCCCGUGGGGACCCGUGGCUCCUCUGCCACUCUUCCCGUUGGACCUGAUCCGUUGCCACGAGCGGCUCACCAAGGAGGUGGUGCUGACGGUGAGCAAAGGGGGGCGCGUGCGGCUCUCCAGCGAAUACUUGCCACCGCAAGGGCGUCUCCGGGUCAGGCUGGUGAGCGCGGAGUCCUUCUACCCACCCCACUGCGACCCGCGUCACGUCAGUUGCUGCGUCUCCCUGCAGCUGCGGCCGGGGAUGGGCCCGAGGCAGCGCAGUGCUGUCAUCAAGCGCAGCCGCAACCCUAUCUUCAACGAGGACUUUUUUUUCGAGGGGGUCUCCUCGGAGGAGCUGUCCAGGUGCAGCCUGCGGCUGAAGGUCCUCAACAAAGGCUCUGGAAUGCGGAGGGACGUGGUUCUGGGCGAAUGCGAUGUGCCGCUAGAUUCUCUACUGCCCUGAAAGGGGUCCUGGUGAAUGUUGCAACUGACCAACAGGAAGUUGGUCAAAGGUCGCCAUCUUUGGCAGGUAGAGGCGGGGCCAUGGGGCCUCCUGUCUCAGUAAGGGUGUUUCUCCAGGGAGGUAGAUCCUCUUAAGAACAUCAGAAGAGCUCUCCUGGAUCAGGCCCAUCUCAUCCAGCUUCCUGUUCUCACAGCGGCUGACCAGAUGCCCGUUAUGGGAAGCCUGCAGACUUCCCCUGCUGUCACUGCAUUGCCAAAGACGUCCAGCUGAGAUCUGGAUGGGUUGUGCUUCACAUUCAUCUGUGAAAGCUACAAGCAACCAACUCUCUCUGAGUUUCGAGCUACCGGGCAAUGCUCGACACCCCCACAUAUGCAUGCCACAAAUAUUUUUGGGGAAAAUGUCUCCAAUUGGUAACCAGAUCCAGGCUCUUGACUGGAUGCCACCAGCAGGGGGAGCUGUUGAGCUAUCAUUCACUGUGCUCUGGCGCCACCAGUACAGCAGGACGGAAGGCGGAACUGCAGCUUCCAAUUAAAGCCAAUGGACAGGGAACGCAAGGGGAGCCAGUGGGGUUCAACUCAGCCCUAUCAAGCCCCUGUCACUGGCCUGGCCAACCGCCAGUCACCGAAUCCCCUCCUGCUUCAAAUGCAUGCCUAUCGGGCAACUUGUUCUCCUGUCGCUCCUUCCAAUAGCAAAAGCAGGAGGGGAGUGCCAAGAGGAUUGUAGCUCAGAGAGGGGCCCUGUGAACUGAGAGGGGAAGGGUUGACAUGAACCCACGUCAGGUUCAUGUCAGUAGGGACGGAAGGAUCCGUCAGUUUCAGUUUCUCAUUUCUCCAAUCAUAAAUUCAGUUCUCCACAUUUCUGUAGCAAUUUGCAGGUGUGUUUUUUUUAAAAAAAAGAUCCUCAGGAACAUUCAUCUGCAUUUUUCAGUGAAUUUAUCCUAACACACAUUUCUGUGGGCAGUUUUGACUAAAGCACACCUUUUUGCAAACCAUUUC